CGACGGACUCCAGCGGCGUUGUCGGGGGCUACUGGAGAGUGCUGGAACGAGAGAGAGAGAGAGAGAGAGAGAGAGAGGCGCUCCGCUGUAUCCAACGUCAGCUUCGUCUCCCUCUUCGUUCCAUUUGCCUGCGAUCAACGAGCUCUCUCUAAUCAUCUCUACUCGCUCUGCGUCUCUCUCUCUCUCUCUCUCUCUCUCUCUCUCUCUCUCUCUCUCUCUCUCUCGUACGCUUGCUCUCUUUUCUGUGCUUUCUUUUCCUUCCUCGCACUCUUCUUCUCUUUCGUCGACUCUCUCUCUCUCUCUCUCUCUCUCUCUCUCUCUCACUCUCUCUCACUCGGUGUAUCUCUGUGUGCUUUCUCUCAGUCUCCUUUUGCCUUUCUCUACCUCAUCGCUGCGCGCCGUUCCUUUGCUGCUACUGGCAGCUCGGCUGUCGACAUCGACGUAAUCGCACCUUCGCUCUGCUGUGCCGUGCUGUGGUCGGCCGCAGAUCUUUACCAUCCAAGGGCGUUCACCUGACUUUCCCUGUACACGUGGCGUGUUGCUACAUGUCGUGUCGUUUCUUCCCCUCUGUCAUCUUCCUCCGACCCUUCUCAUCCGUCUCUUCACCCCCGCCUCUCCUCUCCUCUUGUAGAAACACUUCUGUUUGAUCUCGCGAGCGAGUAUGGUUUCGUGCGUCUCUCCGUUUGUAAUUUUCUUGAUUGGACACGUGGCGCAGUGACGGCCAUCCGUUUGGCGUCUCAUGGUGCACCAGCAUACUGCGCCAGCGGAGAAGAGCUGUCUCUUUCCGUCCGUCGCCGCCCCUCCUUCCCUCUCUUGUCCAAGCAGCUAAGCAAUCGGUGGGACCUGAUUCUUCUCGGAAGAUUCAGUGAACUUGCCGAUGGCCAGUUGAUUGAUACCAAUUGAUCGAUCAAUCAAGCAAUCGAAGAGUCAGAAGGGUGAGGAGAUUAAUCACACGAUCCAUCAAUCAGCGAGUCGGAGGGAAGAUCGUGGCGGGCCCUGAGGACCGACAACGGGCGGGGGCUGUUGUCAGAAUCGCUGUGGACAAGACGGAGGGAAGGCCACGGGAGGGAAGGGGAGGGGAGGAGGGGGGGCGGGAAAAGGGGGGGGGGGGGGUGGGGGAAGGCAGGGGGGGGGGGGGGGUGUUAUCAAAUUGUGGUGCGGCCCUUCAGGUCCUGGUAUGGUGGAUGAGAAGCGAGGCCCCGUUGCCGUCAUUUCCAUGGCGCCUAGGCUUGCGGGAGAGAGGGAACAGCUGCUCGGUCCUCGCGGUGACAUGGAGGCUCAAAUGAAGAUCAAUCACCAAUCUCCCUCGGCCUACAACAGCGGGAGGGAGGCCCUCUACUCAGUGUGUUCCAGCUGGGCGUCAAGAAAAUUCAUGAGCGGCGUUGUGAUCUUGUUCCCAAUCGCAGUUACCUGCUACAUUGCUUGGUGGUUUUUGACUUUCUUCGAUGGGUUUUUCUCACCCCUCUACCAGGCUAUGUUUGGAUUCCAUGUUUUCGGACUGGGAUUUGUUACGUCAAUGGCUUUCAUUUUUCUUGUUGGCAUUUUUGUCCACUCGUGGAUUGGCGCCUCGGUUCUUUGGCUUGGAGAGUGGUUGAUCAAACGCGUUCCACUUGUGAAACAUAUCUACUCAGCCUCAAAGCAGAUAAGCUCAGCGAUAUCGCCAGAUCAAAACACGCAGGCCUUCAAGGAGGUUGCUAUCAUCAGACAUCCGCGAGUUGGGGAGUACGCAUUUGGGUUCAUCACGUCGUCGGUGACGUUGCAGAGUGAUGCAGGAGAGGAAGACCUCUGUAGUGUCUAUAUCCCUACCAAUCACCUUUACAUUGGGGACAUCUUCUUGAUACCCACUCAAGAUAUCAUAAGACCUAAUCUUUCGGUUCGUGAAGGGAUUGAGAUUGUUGUAUCGGGAGGCAUGUCAAUGCCAUCGACGGUACUCUUGUCCGACCGAAGAAACUCUCCCAUGGAGAGAAUGAGAGGGAUACGGGCGCCUGAAGGAGCUGAGAUCUCAGUUCCAGUACGCAGUGGUGUGGGUCCAGUGACCACUGACAUCCAUGGUGCUGAUGCGGUUCUGCCAUGCAGUAAUGUGGGACAUGGGUCUGCAACCCUGUGUGAAGACAUUGACGGUAUAACGCCGUGCGAGACAUAGGCUUAUGACCGGUGCCAACCGGUUGAUCCUGCACAAGGUGAUCGAACACCGUUGUUUCACUAUUUGCAGCAGUGGCAGAGGGAGCAGCAGCGGGAUGCAAUCGGGCAUGGCUGGCCUGCCUCUGUGUCUACAGCGGUGCAUACUCCCCACAUCAUGCUACUGAAUCAUUUGAUUUUAUGGUCGCGACAGCGAUGAAGCGGAACCCACACCCUGCGAAGGAAGUACCUUACGGUCUUCAAGUUGCCCACACUGGUCCUGAUCCAAAGGGGCAGCUAGAUCUCAGGCAAGCAUUCUGAUCACAAGGUGGACAGGCAUAGCUCCCUCUUUGUGGAGAGAGACUGCUUAUCUCACUGCUGUCCCAGGGAUGAUGCAUUCAUCGUGCCAUCGUGCCUUGUGCAUUCUCACUAUCAUACAAGCGAAUUGCUUUAUUAUACAGUCGCUAUGGCAUUGGAGCAGAACCGUCGCUAUGGCAUUGGAGCAGAACCCCCCGCCUUAGGCGACGGAAGUACCCUAGGCUCUGCAAGUCGCCAUACGGACCCUGGGGGCAAAAGAACAACUAGAUGUUCAGACAACCAGUCUCUCCGUGACGGGGAUGGGCAUACGGGCUACUUUGCUGUUGUACUAGUGAUCAUGCAUUCGUCGCUCUUCGUGGGUAGCACUGCAAGCUACCGGGGUACGUAAAUGCAUGUCAGGAGGUUUUUCAACCGUUUUGUGUGCACAAUGGUGAUGAGUGGAGGGACUGCACUCUAUAUGCUGUACACUGAGGGAGGGAGUGAUUGAUCCAGAAGACUAGCAUUGCUUCGCUCAGUAUACACAGAUGCCGUUCGACCUGUCUUGUGUUCUUUAGCGUGCGGGAAACACAACGUGACAUCCAAGGGGUGAGAGCAGUCGUCCGUCUGUAAUUUGUCACCAAUCUUUUCUCAUUCUCAGUGAGAUCUUCUAGUUCAUGUGACUUGUGCUCGUUCGGGGGACAGACAUCUCUGAUGGUUGUGUGCCUUUGAGAUGUAUGCGAUAUUGGUUUUCUAGUUCCUGUGACUGGUGCUCGUUCGGGGGCCGACAUCUCUGACAUUGGUUGGGUCCCUCUUAAGAUGCAAACGAUAUUAAUUCUCAUGCUAUGGUCACCGGCCUCGUAAGAUGCAAGCGAUAUUAAUUCGCAUUGUAUCUUAUGGUUGGGAGGAGGAGGGGUUGGAAAAGGGGGAAUAGUGGUGAACUAAUGACUAUAAUCAUAUAAUGAGUAUAUAUGAAGUACUACUACUAACACUAGGGGUACUAUUAGUCGUGCAGCGUUUGUCCGGCGAGGAAAGAUAGAAGAGACGAGGUCUCCCGCUGUUUAACUCUUUGUAUGAAUUUGGAGGUGUGACUUCCAUGGUCAUUUGUAUGUCGAUAUGUAGGGCGAGCUACAGCGGAUGGAGAAGCGGCAGAGUGAAUGACUGGCAGACAAGAUGGUAGCGAUGGACUGCAGGGGAAUGGAGUGAGGAGAGAAAGAUGGUAAGCAUGCCAAGUCAGAAGAUCAUACUUAUACGAGCAAAAAUUGUCAAGUUCUCCACACGGCAAGAGAUGGUUGAGGGCUCCGAGAAUAUGCGAUUCCACACUUGACUGUGUAGAGUCAGGGGGGGCAAUGCGGAGUGGUUUUGUAGGGAGCAAAGAUCACACAUGUGAGGAUGGGUCAGUAUGCGAUGCAUGUCUGUGUGGCUGAAUGCGGCAUGGGUGCGGCGUGGGUGAAGAGAUAAGGUAUGGUCAACGGGACUGCGACUGCGAAUGGAGGGAAAGGGAAGGGACGGAAGUCGUACAUGUGUGGGUACAUGCGCUGCACUAGUACGCAGGGCUGCUUUCACCAGGGUUACAAAGGCAUUGGGAUGGGAAAGCGGGGGAGGGAGGGUGGCAGCAGCAAAGAGUGAUGAUUUUUUUCUUAUUGUUUGUUUGGUUUCGCUUUUUAAGUUUCCUUGGAAGUUUCUUACGUUGAUCGAAAGCAAUUUCAUUGGAGUAGAUUGUUUGUUUGGGGUACUGGAGGAGUUAGUACGGGUGUGACACUUCGGUGGGGGCUGGCUGGUUCAUGAAGUGGUUCUGAGGGAGGAGGUGGUUGUGUUGGGAGGUGUGAAAGUAGUUCUGGCCGUUUAGUAUUCUUUGGAGAGAGAGCUUCUGAUUGAGAGGUGCAGGCAAACACUGAUUCCGCUGGUAACCAGUGUCUGUUGAUCGUUGAUGUAUCGUGAUUUAUCGUUGAUGUAUCGUGAUUUGUAUGUCCCGCAGAAAUAGGGAACAGAGCGCAGCGUGCGUUUGUUGCGAGGGACGAAAGAGUGCACGGGAGGCGUCGGCCUCUUUCUGUUGCUUGCAGCCAACCUAGUCCCCCCCCGAUGGGAUGGAAAGAGUUCCCCAUUGGGGGAGGGAUUAUUAUGGCCAGCUAUGGGUGUGAGUCCGUGUGACUGAAGACUGUUUGAUUUUGAAUUGUAUGGACUUAGCGGCGCUGCCUCGUUGUGUUGUUGCUGUGCGUAUAUCUUAAGCAAGCACAGCUCUGCGUUAGCUGCUACACAGCGCUGGUGGUAAUGCACAUCGUGAGCAUGUGAAACAGUGGAAAUCAAACAGUGGAAGGUCGAUUGUGAUUGUGGAAAGCAGCCAAAGCUCAAGGUCGAUUGCGCAGUGGAAAUCACCAGCAUAGUCCCUUCACUGAGAAGGCAAGCACGCUUAUGGCGUUCGUUGUAUACAGGUCUGCAGUUGCAGCACAGAUGUAAUGGGCCCUCGCAGUCCAAGUCUGCGGCCAUGCAACUCGUAUACAGGGCGGGACACCAGUGGCAUGGAAAUUCACUGUGCCCUGUUGUUGUCGAUUACCUAUCUACAAAUGCCCUCAGAAAUUUUGAUAUGGAUAUGGUCUGCCUCUUGAUCAAUCAAUCCGUUGAGACACACGGAUGCAGAUCACGCGGCUGCUGUACAAUCUAUAAGCCUGGUAAUGUUCCUCAAUUCUGUCUCCUACCUUUCUGCCUCGUCUCUCUUGUUACUUGUUUGCAUCUUUGCUCUCUCUCUCUCUCUCUCUCUCUCUCUCUCUCUCUCUCUCUCUCUCNUCUCUCUCUCUCUCUCUCUCUCUCUCUCUCUCUCUCUCUCUCUCUCUCUCUCUCUCUCUCUCUCUCUCUCUCUCUCUCUCUCUCUCUCCUGGGGUUUGAUUUGCCUGGCUCGCCCGCUUUGUGCUAUUUCUGCUGAUUGUACAAUUUCUCUUGGCAGCCCCGCCUUUGUACGCUGCUCGAUUCGGCGUGUAAUUUGCAUUGCUGUCUCAGAGAUGUGAGCGUCGGCAGGAUGGCAUGACAAAUUAUGGAUUGGCUGCUUUAGUUGCAACAACAACUGGGCAAGAUCUGCACCUUGAUUUCUUCCCUCCCCUCGGCUCUGCUCGCUGGCAGCGUCAGAUGCGACGCCUGGGGAGCGAUUCAAUAUGUGUGCUUGAUGGGCUAUAUGUGUUUGGUUUGUGUUUGUGAACGGCUAUGAGUGAGCUGAAUGCCGGAAAUCUGCAGCCUAAGAAAUGUGGUCAGACUGCAGUUUGCUACGCGUCUCUUGCUAGGGAUAGUGAGGUUAGGUAGCAAAAUUUGUGUUCAUUACUUGAAAGAAAUCGUUGGGCGUAGAGUUGGGAGGGGUGGGCAAGGGAUUGCGCAGAUGGUAGAAGAAACUGCUGUUAGUUUCGAAGGUAUCGUUUUAUUUUGUUUGUGGUGGCUUUGGGCGAGGGAUUAGGAAGGGGGCUGAUCGUAACGAGAGAGGAAGAUGAGAAAUUUGCCGAGCCAUCAGCCCGCACAGCGGGUAGGUUAUACCCCCAGUUUUAGGGCCGUUGGCAGAAGGGCGGUUAGGGUGGUUUUUUUUUUUUGGGCUGGAUUGAAUUUGCGCUUGUUGCGGCAGCUGCAGGCCCGUUGGCGGUUCGGGUGGGGUCUUUUUUGGUUAUAAUGUUUUGUGGGGUUUCGCGAGGGGGUUGUGUUGUGAAAAGUCGCAGCGCAGUUUUUGUAGUUUCAAUUUUUUCAAAUGUUUUUUGUCAAUUUUUUAAAUUUUUUUGGAAGGUGACUGUGGUGUUCGUGUCCGUUGCAUGCAAGAAAAAAGAUUUGCAGGUGUCAAAUUUCACCACCACCCCUCUUUUCAUGGGGGUUCAUCGCAUUGUUUGGUUGGAGGCGGCAAGCACCAAGUGUGUGAGCGAGCGAGCGAGCGUUCGCAAAGGUGAUGGCUGCUAUACUUGAUCUGGUCUUACACUGCUACCAGGUUCAUCGCAUUUAUAUAUAUGUACAUUCAUUGCUUGUACGUUGUAAACCAAUCUCGAUUUUGGUAGUCAGGAAUGUGAUUUGGAAUCUUAGAUAAAAUACGAUCGAGUCUCAUUUGAGAUAAAUACAAUACCGACAG